CGCUCCGCUCGCCGGGGCCGCCGAGGCCGCGCCGCGCCCGGGACAUGCGGCCGCCCCCGCCGGCGAGGAGGCGAUGAGGCUCCGCAGCGGCACGGCGCUCACCCUGCUGCUCGGCUGCCUCUGCGCCCUGCUCUCCCUCUCCUGGUACGGCGCCUUCGGCGGGCACAAAGGUGACGUUGUGGACAUCUACCAGCGGGAGUUCCUCGCCCUCCGGGACCGACUGCACGCAGCCGAGCAGGAGAGCCUGAAGCGCUCCAAGGAGCUCAACCUGGUCCUGGAGGAGAUCAAGAGAGCCAUCUCGGAGAAGCAGGCCCUGCGGGAUAUAAACCGGACCUGGAGCAGCUUAUCUGACGAAACCAAGUUAAAACUGUGGAAUAUCACCAACAAGAAUGUGCUGCACCUUCCCACCAUCUUCCAUCAUUUGCCACAUUUGCUGUCAAAGGAGAACAGUCUGCAGCCAGCCGUGCAUGUGGGACAGGGGCGCACUGGAGUGUCUGUUGUGAUGGGAAUCCCCAGCGUGAAGCGGGAGGUGCAUUCCUACCUCACCGACACCCUCAACUCCCUCAUCUCAGAGCUCACUCAGCAGGAGAAGGAGGACUCCGUCAUCGUUGUCCUCAUUGCCGAGACGGAUCCGCAGUACACAGCCGGAGUGGCAGAAAAUAUCAGAAACUUAUUCCCAAAGGAAAUACACUCAGGUCUCCUGGAGGUAAUUUCCCCAUCUCCGCAUUUCUAUCCUGAUUUCUCCCACCUGCGGGAAUCCUUUGGGGACCCCAAGGAAAGAGUCAGGUGGAGGACGAAGCAGAACCUCGACUACUGCUUUUUAAUGAUGUAUGCCCAGUCCAAAGGCAUCUAUUACGUGCAGCUGGAGGAUGAUAUUGUGGCCAAACCAAACUAUCUCAGCACGAUGAAGAACUUUGCCUUGCAGCAGCCCUCCGAGGAGUGGAUGAUCCUGGAGUUUUCUCAGCUGGGGUUUAUUGGAAAAAUGUUCAAGUCUCUGGAUCUGAGCUUGAUCGUGGAGUUCAUCCUGAUGUUCUAUAAGGACAAACCCAUUGACUGGCUGCUGGAUCACAUCCUUUGGGUGAAAGUCUGCAACCCCGAGAAAGACGCAAAACACUGCGACAGGCAGAAGGCAAACCUGCGGAUCCGCUUCAAGCCCUCGCUCUUCCAGCACGUGGGAACCCACUCCUCCUUGGCUGGGAAGAUACAGAAGCUGAAGGACAAGGACUUUGGCAAGCAGGCCCUGCGGAAAGAGCACGUCAACCCUCCUGCGGAGGUGAGCACCAGCCUGAAAACGUACCAGCACUUCACCUUGGAGAAGGCUUACCUGCGGGAGGACUUCUUCUGGGCCUUCACUCCCACCGCCGGAGACUUCAUCAGAUUCAGAUUCUUCAAACCACUCCGCAUUGAAAGGUUCUUCUUCCGCAGCGGGAACAUCGAGCACCCAGAAGACAAACUCUUCAAUACGACUGUGGAAGUUCUGCCGUUUGACAGCCUGCAGUCAGAUAAGGAAGCCUUGCAGGAGGGAAGAGGCACAGCCGUCAAAUACCGCAGGACGCCAGAUGGCUACAUCCAGAUAGGCUCCUUCUCCAAGGGCGUCGCAGAGGGCGAGGUGGACCCAACCUUCGGGCCGCUGGAGGCCAUCAGGCUGUCCAUCCAGACCGACUCCCCGGUGUGGAUCAUCCUGAGCGAGAUUUUUAUCAAAAAAGCGGAGUGACACGGGCGUGAGGAAGGGUGGACACGCGUGGAUCCCCGGUCCUGCUCCCUCCCCUCCCGCUCCCUCCUCCCCGCGGCGCCUCGCCCGGGUGCAGGGGCAGCCAUGUCAGCGAGGCGCGGGCCCGGCUGCCGGGAGGCGGCACAGCCCGACGGGCCUCGGCAAAGGGGCUGCCAGGCCGGCACCACCAUCCCCAGCCGGUGCUGCGGGGCCAGGACAUCAUCUUCUCCAGAAGAAGAGCAAAAAGCUGAAACCAAUAUCCUGCGCAGAGGGCUGGCUUUGCUCCCCCUGGCAAGGCCUGGGUGCUCCCUCAGCCCCUCAUGGUGGCAUGGCUGCCACACGCCUCGCUCCCCGAUGCAAGGGACAGUUUUUGGGGUUGGGAUGAGCUUUGGCAAGCGUGGGGACUAGAAGCACCUUCAGCCCAGGAGAGGGCUGGCUGGCUGGAUUUGGGGACAGAGUCAGGGAGGGGCUUGGUCAUGUUGAGUCCUGCCGGGAUGGAGCUGGGCAGGGACCAAGGUCUCCCUCACCUUCGCCCAGGCAAUGGCCCUGGCCCCAGCUGAGGAUCAAGCGAGGGUGAAGACUGACCCUCCUUCAGCAGAGAAAUGACUCCGAAGGGGUUGGAGCUAUGAGUAUGGCAGGGAAAACAAAAAAAAUAAAAUAAAAUACACCACACUGUGCCUGCCAGCAUCGAACACAGCCCCUUAACUCACGGUGAAAUCUCCAGUGUCUUCAUGCCUUGAGAUUGAGUGCAGAAACCAUCUUUUUAAAUAACUUUUUCAGUUAUUGAUAGGUGUGAAUUUGGGGGGGAAAAAUAAAAAAAAAAGAGAAGUAGCCCAAUAAAAAUAGUAGGGAUUAGUGUAAAUCCCAAUGUCUCUUCAGCUAUACACUGGAAUGCAUUAUACUACUUUAAUGUGCUGUAUUUUUUAUUAUUGGAUACAUUUGAUUUUUUCAAGUACAUCUCUAUAUAUAAAUAUAUAAAAUAAUGUGCACUGUAAUAAAAGCUAAAUUUAAA